GACAAACAAACGGGGCGCGGCUGGACGGACGGACAUACCCGGAACCGGAAUAAUCCGGUCCAGGCAGACACUAUCAUGACGUGAACUUUUGUCUCUCCUCUUUGCUCCUCCUGUCUGUCUGUCUGUCUCUAUAAAACCAAACUCAUCACUACACUUCACUUUUCUGUUCGCCGUUUCUCCAUUCUCACAACACCAUGGACGACGAAGCCAAUCAAAAUGCUCCGCCGCUGGAAUUUCAGUUACACGACGGCGACGGUGAAGAAGAAGAAGAAGAAGAAGAAGAAGAAGAAGAUGAUGAUGAUGAAUAUGAACUAGAUGAAGAAGAAGAUGAUGAUGUUGAUAUUGAUGUUGAUGAUGAGGAUGACGAGGAGGAGGAAGAAGAAGAGGAGGAAGUGGAGGAGGGCGACGAGUCGAAGAAGGAAGAAGAGGAGAUAAUUGCCAAGGCGAACAAGCUCAUGGAGAUUAUCACAUGUGCUCCUGAUAACCCUAAACCCAAGGUCCUUCAUGCUCUUGCCUCCAUUCUCGAAACACAAGAGUCACGAUACAUGGAAGAGAACGACCAUUCUUCGUCCAGUAAUGCUCGCGCUGCUCAUACCAUCGGGCGACUGGGGAGCUUAAUUCGGGAGAAUGAUGAGUUCUUUGAGUUGAUAUCUUCCAAGUUUCUGUCAGAAACAAGAUACACCACUUCCAUUCGGGCUGCUGCUGCCAGGCUUCUCCUGAGCUGUUCAAUAACAUGGAUUUAUCCCUAUGUUUUUGACGAAUCUGUCGUGGAGAAUAUCAAACACUGGGUAAUGGAUGAGAGUACUAGUCUGUCCGCUGAGGAGCAAAAUCUGAUGUGUAAUCCAGGAAGAAAGGAAGUCUCAGAUACUGAAAUGUUGAAAACCUAUUCUACCGGCCUUCUUGCUGUGUGUUUAGCUGGGGAUGAGGUUAGUGGAGGUCAAGUGGUUGAAGAUGUCUUGACGUCUGGCUUGUCAGCGAAGCUUAUGCAUUAUCUUCGGUUGCGUGUAUUGGGGGAGACAAGUACCUGCUGUAAAGACACUAAUCUUUUAACAGAGAGUAGGCACACAUCUGGGAGUACUUCAAUGAGAGGUAGAGAUGAUGGUCGCAGUAGAUUUCGCCUGGUUCUGGAAUCAAGUCAUUAUGAUGAUACAAGCAUGAAUGAUGAGAGAUCAUUGGAUGAUAGAAUUCUUGAAAGGAGUGAUCAUGAUAAAAUCAUCAGUGGAAAAACUUGCCAGGAAGAUUCUUGGCGAGAUGGUGAACCCCCUGAUCAGCUGAGGGAAAGAGCUGAUAUCUGUGUCAUAGACACUGCUGGAGAGGAUCAAUGGAACUGUAGAGAUAUACGUGAUGGAAGGAUAAAAUAUGGUGACCAUGAAGAUAAUGUUAGCGAUGACUCUUCAAGACUGCAAGUGAACUGUGGAUGGGGAAGAUCCAGAGGGAAGGGAAGGGUCAAUGAAGAGAAUAUAGGAAGUGAACCAACUUUGUCAUAUCUUGGUUCUUGUAGUCGAUUAGUACAGGGAAAGUGUGUUAAAGAUGGGAGCAUCUUGAAGAAUGCUGAUACCAGAAUGGUGUCUGAUUCGGAGAAGAUUGUUGCGACAAGCACGUCUGAGGCAUAUGUUUUCGACAGAGACGAUAACGAUGAUUGUUUCAAAGAGUGCUAUAUUGGUGGUAAAGAUAUCUCUGCUCUUGUUAGGAAAGCAGUCCAAGCUGCUGAAGCUGAAGCUAGAUCUGCUAAAGCACCUGAAGAAGCUGUCAGGGCAGCUGGUGAUGCUGCUGCUGAACUCGUUAAAACUGCGGCUUCAGAGGAAUUCAAAUCCACCAAUAAUGAAGAAGCAGCUGUUUUAGCUGCUUCAAAAGCUGCAUGGACUGUUACUGAUGCUGCAUCAUCAGUUGAAGUUUCAAGGAGCUCCAUCAUCAUUAACAAGGAGACUGAGAAUGCAGGGGUUCAAGACACAGAAUCUUGUGAAGAUGUUGAGGAUUACUGCAUCCCAGAUACUCAAUCACUUUUGCAGUUGAGGGAAAAAUAUUGCAUUCAGUGUCUUGAGCUACUCGGAGAAUAUGUGGAAGUUCUUGGCCCUGUAUUGCAUGAGAAGGGGGUAGAUGUGUGUCUUGCACUUCUGCAACAGAAUUCUAAACAUCAAGAGCCUUCCGAAGUUGCCUUACUGUUGCCUGAUGUCAUGAAGAUGAUCUGUGCUUUGGCUGCUCACAGGAAGUUUGCUGCCCUGUUUGUGGAUCGUGGGGGCAUGGGAAAGCUUCUUGGUGUUCCUAGAAUGGCUCAAACUUUCUUUGGCCUUUCUUCUUGUCUGUUUGCUAUCGGUUCUGUGCAGGGGAUAAUGGAAAGGGUUUGUGCUCUUUCAUCUGAUGUUAUUUAUCGUUUGGUUGAGUUGGCUCUCCAGCUACUUGAAUGCAACCAAGAACAAGCUCGGAAGAAUGCAGCAUUAUUUUUCGCUGCUGCAUUUGUCUUUAGAGCAGUUCUUGACGCUUUUGAUGCUCAGGAUGGAUUACAGAAAUUACUGGGCCUUCUGAACGAUGCUGCUAUGCUAAGAUCGGGAGUAAACUCUGGAGCUUUGGGCUUAUCCAACUCAGGGUCACUUAGAAAUGAUAGAUCGUCUGAAGUGCUGACAUCAUUUGAGAAGCAGAUAGCCUACCAUACUUGUGUUGCUUUACGGCAAUACUUCAGAGCUCAUCUCCUUUUAUUAGUGGAUUCCAUUCGUCCAAACAAAAGCAAUCGCAGUGCUUCUAGGAAUAUUCCGAGUGUAAGGGCAGCACACAGGCCGCUUGACAUUAGCGAUGAGGCAAUGGAUGCUGUAUUCCUACAAUUACAAAAAGAUCGCAAGUUGGGUUCUUCAUUUGUGAGAACACGUUGGCCAGCAGUUGAUAAGUUCUUGGCGUGUAAUGGACAUGUUACAAUGCUGGAAUUGUGUCAGGGCCCUCCCCCUCCUGUGGAACGGUAUCUGCAUGAUUUGCUUCAGUAUGCAUUGGAUGUUCUUCAUAUUGUUACAUUGGUACCUAGCAGUCGCAAGAUGAUUGUAACUGCCACAUUAAGCAAUAAUCGUGUUGGUACAGCGGUCAUUUUGGAUGCUGCAAAUAUUGUUAGUAAUCAUGACGACCCGGAGAUAAUUCGGCCUGCUCUAAAUGUAUUAGUGAACCUUGUUUGCCCUCCACCUUCAAUCAGCAACAAACCAGCUUCAGUUACACCAGGCCAGCAAUCUGCUUCUGCCCAAACUUCGAAAGGUCCUAUGUCGGAGACUAGAGAUAGAACUGCUGAACGAAAUGUCUCAGAUCGACCUGUUAAUUUUUCAAGUCAGACUGAUACUAGGGAACAAAAUGCAGAAUCUAAUGCUGUGGAUCGAGACGGUGCUGCAGCAGUUAAUACACAAACUGUUCUGGCCGCUACUUCAGGAUUGGUUGGAGACCAUAGAAUAUCUCUGGGUGCUGGAGCAGGCUGUGCUGGCCUGGCUGCACAACUGGUACAAGGAUAUCGUCAAGCAAGAGAGGCUGUUCGUGCUAACAAUGGAAUAAAGGUUCUUUUACAUCUCCUCCAGCAACGCAUAUAUUCACCUCCUGCUGCUUUGGACUGUCUUCGUGCUCUAGCAUGUCGAGUCCUGCUUGGUUUAGCAAGAGAUGAUAUUAUAGCACACAUAUUGACAAAGCUACAGGUUGGGAAGAAGCUGUCAGAACUAAUUAGGGAUUCAGGCAGUCAGACACAUGGAACAGAGCAGGGUAGGUGGCAAGCUGAACUUUCCCAAGCUGCAAUCGAGUUAAUUGGGGUUGUCACCAACUCAGGGCAUGCAAGUACAUUGGCUGCUACAGAUGCAGCUACUCCUACCUUAAGGCGCAUAGAAAGAGAAGCUAUAGCUGCUGCCACUCCUAUAUCAUACGAUUCGAGGGAACUUUUACAACUUAUUCAUGAAUACGUACGAGCAUCUGGAUUGUCACAAACUGCUUCUAUAUUGCUUAAAGAGGCUCAGUUGAAACCUUUGCCAUCAUCGAUUGCUCCAUCUUCUCUUGCACAGCCACCCUCAACACAGGAAGCUCCUUCAGUACAGCUUCAAUGGCCUUCAGGUCGUGCUCCUGGGUUUCUGUCGGACAAAUUAAAGCUUAAUGCAGGGGAUGAUGAUGUGUUAGGAUCCGAUGUCAGCACAAGGAUUGGUUCAGCUUUCACUUCAAAGAAAAAAUCACUGAUUUUCUCUUCUUCCAUUGGUUCAAAUUCAAGGCAUCAACUUGAUGAUUCUCGGCAGUCAUCUGUUAGAAAAGUUUCAAGUACUAGUAAAGGUUCUUCAGAAACUGCAAUAGUAUCAGAGACUCCGUCAAAACUUUUGGAGAAACAUAACAUCGAUUCUGAAUCUCAGUAUAAGACUCCAAUCAUCUUGCCAAUGAAACGUAAACUAUCUGAUUUAAAGGAUACAAGAGUGUUGUCAUCAUCUAGAAAGCGAUUAAUUGCUGGGGAUCAUGGAAUUCGUUCUCCUAUUUGUAUAACUCCAAAUACGGUUCGUAAAACAAACUUGCAGACAGAUGCUAUUAGGUUUCCUACACCAAGUUCCAACCUGAGAAAUCAGCAAGGACGUUGUUCAGUUGACUAUGUGGAUGAAAAUCAGAACAGUAUGUCAAAUCUUGGUCAGUUUACACCAUCCUCCGCAGCAAUAAAUGAUCUUCAGCACAGCAACUCAGAGCGUAUGACAUUAGAUUCUAUAGUUGUUCAAUAUCUGAAGCAUCAGCAUCUCCAAUGCCCAGCUCCUAUUACCACUCUUCCUCCACUAUCUCUAUUACAUCCUCAUGUUUGUCCUGAACCCAAGCGAAGCCUUGAUGCUGCUUCUAAUGUGACAGCUCGUUUUAAGAGACGUGAAUUUAAAUUCAUAUAUGGUGGGGUGCACGGGAAUCGCAAGGAUCGUCAAUUUGUUUAUAGCCGAUUCAGACCAUGGCGCACUUGUCGUGAUGAUGCUGGUGCCUUAUUGACAUGCAUUACAUUUCUUGGUGACUCUUCUCGUAUUGCUGUUGGGAGCCACAAUGGAGAGGUCAAACUUUUUGACUCUAACAACAACAAUGUGGUGGAGAGCUUCACAGGUCAUCAGUAUCCAUUGACACUUGUUCAGUCUUUUGUUUCUGGUGAAACCCAGCUAUUGCUAUCUUCAAGCUCUCAAGAUGUAAGGUUGUGGGAUGCUUCAUCACUUUCGAGUGGUACUACCCAUUCAUUUGAUGGGUGCAAGGCUGCCAGGUUUUCCAACUCUGGGAAUGUUUUUGCAGCCUUGUCAUCAGAAUCUGCACAACGGGAAAUCCUGUUGUAUGAUAUUCAGACGUGUCAGCUAGAGUCUAAGUUAUCGGAUACUUCUACAAAUUUUACAGGUCGGGGUCAUGUUUAUCCUUUAAUCCAUUUUAACCCUUCCGACUCAAUGCUGCUUUGGAAUGGUGUCUUAUGGGACCAGCGUGUUUCUGAGCCUGUUCAUCGCUUUGAUCAGUUCACUGACUAUGGUGGUGGAGGCUUUCAUCCUGCUGGCAAUGAGGUUAUUAUAAACUCAGAAGUCUGGGACCUACGCAAGUUCAGUCUGCUUCGUAGUGUACCAUCAUUAGAUCAAACAGAAAUAACAUUCAAUGCGCAUGGUGAUGUGUUAUAUGCAAUCCUGAGGAGAAAAAUCGAGGAUGUUAUGUCAGCAGUCAACACACGUCGUGUCAAGCAUCCUCUUUUUGCAGCUUUCCGCACAGUGGACGCAGUGAAUUAUUCAGACAUUGCUACUAUCCCAGUGGACCGCUGUGUUCUUGAUUUCGCAACCGAGCCCACAGAUUCAAUUGUUGGGUUGGUUACAAUGGAUGAUCAAGAUGAAAUGUUUGCCUCAGCCAGAAUCUAUGAAAUUGGUCGUAGGAGGCCACCUGAUGAUGAUUCUGAUCCUGAGGAUGAUGAAAGCGAUGAAGAAGAUGAUUCUGAUGAUUCUGAUGUGGAUCCUCUUUUAGGCCCUGGAUUUGGAGACAGUGAAAGUGAUGUUGAUGACAGUUCAAGUGAGCUUGAUGAUGAUGAUGGUGAUGAUGGAGAUUUCAUCAUGGACUUCCAAGGAGGAACUGACAUAUUGGACAUGGUAUCAGAAGGUGAUGAGGAUGAUGAUUAUAGAUUAGUACUUGAAUCUUAUAGUAGUGAUCAAUAAGAUUUUGGUUUUGACCAUUAAUCAAAUGGUUCAAAAAACCUGUAAUAAUUGUUAUUUAUUUUUUUCAUUAAAUUCAUUUUAGGGCGAUAGAAUUUUUCGCCUACAAAUUUUGCUGCGCUAGCCUCUGCAAACGGAUUAUUAUAGGAAGGAGCAAUAACUGUACAUAUUAUCUCUAAAACGUUAAUUUACCUCGGACUUUGCAAUGGGACUGUCUCUCGAGUUUUGGAUCAGAGUUGUGUAUCUUGUAUCAGAGGUUUUUUUUUAUUAUUUUUGGGAUUUUGUAUUUUUAUUUUAUUAAAAAUGAGUUGAAUGUAAGACUUGAUAUAUUUUUAUA